CCACCCCGGCGGCUAAACGCAUAGCCUUGCCGUUUCACUUUGCUUUGCAGCGCAACGGCAAUGAUGAGAUUGGUCAACAGGGGUUAUCAAUUGUUUCCCGUUGAAGAGAUAGAUCUGAAAUGAAACCCUGUUGAGAAAUUCCAAAAAAGAAAGGAUACUUAGCCUCUUUUAAUGCCUCUAACCGCGUCCACACAAAUCUUUCACGUUGGGACCCGGCCCUCAGGAAGAUGUUAGAUAACGGACGACAUGAGGCACCGAGAAAGUGUACUAGGAUAGUGUGUCCAUGGCUGGACAACGGAUUUCGAGCUAAAUGCUUUGAUGGUCCCCUUCUUUGCUUAUUAUAUUGCGUUCUUUUUCAUGGCUUCGAGCAAUUCGAAUUACAACCAUCUUUAAAUGCGCUUGAUAUGCAUAGCGACUGUUGUUGAUUUCUUCUACUCCUUUAUUACAUCGUCUUGGUUACUAAAUUAUGUCACAUUCUUUUACGACUGGGAUCUCUGGUCGUCAAAGUCCUCCAUACGAAGUGGUCACUGAAUGGCGUGAUGCGAGAUCAAUUCAACAGCGACAUCAUGAGCUAGAUAGAGAGAUAUCCCGAGAGCAACGGCCUUUACGAAAUGCAAGCGGAAACUAUGGCAUCCGGGACGAUGAACAAGAUAGCGAGACUGCGAGCAGCAAAAUCAAUAAUGCUGUGACUGUGUGUAAAUGGGCUGUUGGCUGGAGGGUUCCGUUUAUCAUUACUGCGUCUUAUUUUCUCGCUCUGGUGAUCGCCUUUGCGCAUCUAAUAUUCUUUCGGUAUCUUAACGGGAAACGAGUAGAUGAUCUACCAAAUCUACCUCAGACCUAUGUCACCACUGUCUCGACGAUUAUGGCCAAUAUGUUUGCCAUCUUAAUUCAAGGUAGUCUAGCCGCGGCUUUUGUACAACAUCUUUGGCGCCAAAUCCGCAAGGCCCCCUUAGAAGUAUGCCGCUUAGAGAGACUAUUCACGUUGCGCUCGAACCCACUAUCGUUUUUCGACAUCCACAUCUAUCGAAAUUAUUUUGUGUUGGCCAUCAUGGCUAUUAUCAUUUGGUUUUGCCCAGUCGUCACCAGUUUCCCUCCAGGAGCAUUGAAGGUUUCUUCGGGGCCUUAUGACCUCUUCAGCAACGGAUCCAUUCCUACGCUGAGUCUUUCAAAUUAUGGUAAUGGGUCAAUUUCAGACAUGGAGAAGAACGCAUUCUUCUCGUACGUGCCGACAAAAUAUGCCAAUGGGUCGAUAUAUAUACAGCUUGAUCAUGAGAGUGGCUUAUCCAUUUAUCAAGCAACGCAGAAUUUAGCCAGUAAAGUUACUUUCAACAUGGAUAUGGACAUCCUCAUUUCGCCGUGUGGUCCAAACUGUUCGUUUUCCGACUCAUUCGAAGGGCCAUUUUUGGAUUGCUCGCAGACGACGCACGAUAUCAUGGUCCUCCCGUUGGAAGAACCGGAAAUUACGGCUUAUAGCGCUCGCUGGACUGAUUAUACGAGAGACGAAACUGAUGCCGAGUUUCCAGGGUUCCAUACCACGGUGCCAAUGACGUUUGAGACCUACAACUUGACGACGUGCUACAACAAUGCAAAUAACACCUAUGGGAAUAUCAUUCAAAACUUGACAAGAAUUACCCUGUCUUGCCUUCCCAAGAGGGCUAUUUGGGAUGUUAAUUAUAAUUUUGACAGGAACGGGGCGCAACACGUUGAGGUCAAGACCCGCGACAUUAUACCCCUGGCGGAUUUGAGCCAAUCAUUUCUAAUUUCCAAUUACACUGGCGAUAUGUUAACAAUUCCCGCUUAUAAAUUGCUCCCGCUGACACCACAAUUUCGGGAUGCAAAUAUAGCCACGAUAUUAUACAGCAUGGUAGCUUUACUUGCGGGAGACAUUGCCGCGAAUGCUUGGUGCCCAGGGAAUAACUAUCCACCUGGGCAGUAUGGUGAUUCUACUUGGUCUCCAGAGUAUGAAUCACCAUUUCUUCAGACAGCCGGCGUUUUAUUAAACACUUCCAUCGUCCCAUUUACGCGUUUCUCCGCCCUCUCACCCUAUGCUACCGAUUACUUGGCCUACAACGCAACCAAUCUGUUCAACAUUACACAAGCCGGGCUCAAUUCUUUGCUACAAAACAUUACCCUUUCCUACAUGUUCAUGCUGUCGCCGUUCUCCAAGCAGAUGCAGCUAAAGCAGACUGUAUUCGAAAAUUAUUAUUACUUUACCCACCCUCUCAACCUAAUCUUGCCGUACUUUAUCACGUUGGCGGUUGCACUUCCUUUGCUCCUACUCGGACUCAAAUCUCUUUUCGUCAACGGCGUCCCCGCUACAGACGGCGGCUUCCUCCAACUCCUCGCGACAACACGAGGAAGCGAAAAGCUCGACCAACUCGCAGCUCGAGGAUGCCUCGGCGAAGAACUCAAUUUCCCCACCGAAUUAAAGAAGACAAAAGUCAUGUUUGGAGAGUUUCUAACUGAUAGGAUAAGCUGCAUAGACGCCGACCAUAAAAUUGGAAAUGACGCCGAGAAUGCGAUGCUUCCAAAAACUAGAAUUGCCUAUGUGCGGUAUGGGGAAAUUGGAGAAGACGAAGAAGGACAGACACAGCAGCUGGGAGUCGUCCGCAGAGCGGGAUUCGGAACGGAAGAUGAAGUCGUACCCUUGGUAAAAGGGAGAUUAUAUGGGGGCGGAUAUCAGGACACGACGCCAUGAUGCAUUGAUAUGGAUUCUAGCAGUAUAUGGCUUGCUCUUCUGCGUCUCCUUCUUACGCCUCACGAACAUGUUAAUGAUUGAUUUAUCAUCCACAUAUAUACUGGACUCUCAUAACCCAAUAUUAUACCAUUGUCUUGCUUU